UGGCGCAGGAAAGCUAACGUCUCAUCUUGUGUAAAAUUCAUACUUUGGCGUUGAUCUUUGACACUUAGAGCCGUAUGGGUUCAUAUUUUAGUAAAUACACGCAUAGUGUACAGUUUCUUUAAUGUAGGCUAAACAUUUUUGAAACACGGGCUUUAAAUCUUUUAAAAACAAAAGAACGGAUUUAAAAUUUGAUGCACAACUGUGGUUAAUUUUCGCAGUCGGUCGCAUGUUUAACAGCAGCUUUGACUUCGAUCGGUUGAGAAAAGUUUGUGCGGCGCGUCACCGAGAACAACAACCACCCGCAGACCAAACGAGUAGGAGCGUUAGCGUUAGCUACCGGGAGUUCACAUCAGCCGCCGGUCAGCUGUCAGAAGUCGUUUUCACAAUGGCUCAGAUGUUCACUAUAUCUGACACAGAGUCAGACACAUCUGAAGGACCAGGAGACACAGACCAGCAAGGGGACAGCAAGGAACCUGAGCCUUCACAGUCUGAGCAACACCUACACGUACCUAAUACACUCAGAGGAGAAUGGACGGCGAGGCAGAGGAAUCACUCAAUGAAUGAGGCGGAGCUUCAGGACUCAGGAGCUGAGUCUUUCCGUCGUCGUUCCCGUUCAGCUCCCCCAAUUCUGUGGGCAGCCAAGAAAUAUGGCAGACAGUUAAGGAAGAUGAGCGAUGAGUUUGACACCUUACUGGACAAAGGGAUGAAGAGGGCAAGGAGCGCAGGAGCAGCUCGUCAGAUGCACACAUCCCCCAGCUGGUUCGCCUUCCUCUGGAGCCACAAAGAGUCAGACACCGAGACCAGCAGCAGCGUAACAGCCCCAGAUACCCGCCCUGCAGAAUAAAUAAUAAUGUGCAAGCGAACUCUUCACGCAGAGGUACAUAGAGGAAAGAGAGGAUGGACUGAGGGCCAGGAGACAGUAAAGAACUAGUGCUCUGACCUGACUGGCUUGUUUCAGACUUCCUACUUGAAAUAGCUGGAGGCCAAUCAAACCCAUCAAAAUCAGUCUUCCUUUCACUGACAUCUGCUGUGUCAGAUAGAGUAAAGGAGGAAGUAGAUUCCUUCCUUGGUCUCUCUUCCAGAGCUGUGGAGCAAAACUAUGCAAACUGGUUUGCAAGGAAGACCAAUUAGUUCAGUGUGUAAAAGCAAUCAAACCUAUUGGUGCAUUAAGAAGCAUAAAACAAUCAGUGCAUUUACAUGCAGGCUAAAAUAUUAUAAUCAUAAUAAGGCAGCAUUCUGAUUAUAACAACAUCUUUUGCAUUAUCUUGGUCAUAAUUGCCAUAAAGUCAAAAUCAGAGUGAAUAUGUAAUCAACCUAGGUUUUUUGUCAGUCGAUUUACUGACAAAUACUCAUUUUCAGUUUACUGUGGUAUGGUCAAACCAUAAUAUUUCUUUUGGUGGUUUGAUGCAUGGAUGCUCUAAAACUUGAAUCUCAUGCAAUUAACUGAGAAACAGCUAUUUCACAAAAUAAAGCACAGAACAUUGGCACCUAGGUUAACAUUAGACCUGCAGAGUUUGCAGGCUGCAUCAGUAUGUUACAGAACGUUACAGAAGCUUUUACCCUUGCUGAAGGUAUAAGGGUUUACAGUAAAUGUUUUUAUAAGUACAGUAGGAAGCAAAGAAUAAUAAAAACACAGCAAGUUACAGCUUUUACCUACAUUGUCCAAAUGUGUCGAUGGACAGAAUGUCAUUUUAUUUGUCAUUUCCACACCCAACUUAACAUAACCCAACCCCCAAUCAAGUCAUCUAUACUCAUCUAACUGAAAAGAAUUAUUCUGAGUGUAUGUAAACACCUUAACAUUUUCACCUUCAUCUGAUUAAUCACAGUAAUCAGAUUAUCUGUAUGUAAACAUACACAAUGUCAUUUGCUGUUUUUAAUUGUAAUGUUUUUCAGAAAUACUUCAGAAGUGGGAUAAUAGAAUCUAAAAAAAUUACCAAGGGUAAUGUUUUGUGUUUUUUGCAGUUCGCUUUGUUCUCCUUCACAAUGGAUAUGGCCUUACCUUUAUGGAUUUUUUUAACAAAUGAACAAUUUGAAAACGAUCUGUAAAGAUUAAGGAAGGUUUACUGUACAUGAUCUUUGAUCUAAUGAAAUGACUAGUCUUUGUGACAAUGUGACUUGAUAUCUGUAUCUUGUUUGUAAUCUGUGAUGUUGUGUACAGGGUUGGAAAAAGGACUUUGAACAAGUUUGUUUGUCUUCUGCUUCCUGUGAGCCAUAAAAUGACUUUUCUUGCAACCUUCUGCAACCUGGCAGAAGUUUCAGUUAAAACCACAAGAAAAUUUGGGUUUCAGUAGUGGCAGCAAGGGCCUUACUAUCAUCACUGAUUAUUACUUGAAUAUGUAAAUCUGAAAUGCAUUUUAAUACCUUUAUAUUUUUUAUGACCACUACAUUAUGAAAUAAAAAUCUUUUACUAAGUGGAACUGCUAAAAGUUUCUUGCUUUUCCAUCAGUCAGGUUUUUUAUAAUUCAGCUGUCAGAAGAACAUAUUUUGAAUGUAGUUUUGUAAAAUACAAACUUAAGUAAAAACAGUAAAUCAUCAAUAACCACUCAAAAAUUAUUUGAAAAUGGUGAUUUUCAGAUCUCAGCAACAGAAAUACAUACAUAUACCUUUCUUAUUUAGAUCCCAGAUUUGAACAUUCCAGUGACAGCAAAGGUUACCAGUAAUAGCUGCAAAUAUGUUGGUAACGCUUCAUGUUUAUCUUUAUAUACUAAACAUUCACUGUAAAAACUCAGUCCAUUUGGCCACAUAAGGAUUUAUUUUUUGCUUCUCAUUUCCAUGUUCACAAUAAAAGUUGAAAUAUCGGGGGGGAGAGAGCAGUGGUAGCUCAGUGGCUAUGGUACUUGAAUUUAGUUGCCACUGUUGGGCCCCUGAGCAA